AUGGAUAAGAUGAAAGGCAUCGCCAAGGGCGGCUGGCACUCAGCAGACAAUAAAGUCAGAGGAAACAGCAGCAGUGGCGGUGAGAGUAGAGGCAUAGGCAUCCACCGCGACACCUGGAAGUCGGACCUCAAAGGAAAAGUGACCGGCACCAAGAAAGACCCCUACGAAGAGCAGAAGAAUCACACAUCCCGACCCCUCGCCAGCUUGCAAGAUCCGGAUUCGUUCGGACCGCCGCCGAAGCAUUCGGCGUAUUACGGGGCAGAUGGUGUGAGUCGGACGGGGACCGGGCUUAGUGGUGGGAGUGCGAGUAGGACGGGGACUGCAUCGAGUGGACCUAGCGGGGGAUGGGGAGCGUCGGCGGUGCAGAGUGGAUAUGCGCAGCAGAAGCGGGAAAGAGAAGAGCGAGAGAGGCAGAUGCAAGAGGAGCAGGUACAAGAAGAGAAAGCUGGGCCGUAUAGGACGGAUACAUCAGGGCUGAGGACGGAUCAUCUUCCAAAGCCUCCGGUAAGGAGAGGGGAGGCAGCGAGUCCUGCGGGUGUUGCGAGUCCGGUCAAUAGGACUUCGUCUCCUGCGCUGCCGCCGAGACAACCGCCUAGACAGGCUGCUGCUCCGCCUCCUUCGUUACCGCCGAGGCAGAAUGAGUAUCCAGAUGAGUACACGCCUGCCCCGCCGCCGGCGUAUAAUGAGGCUUUGAGAGAUCCGCCUGUACAGCAGAAUCAAGACCCAGCAGCCAUAAAUCAAGGAGCAGCGACUAGAUUAGGACAAGCAGGCGUUUCAAUCCCUGGGUUCGGGAUAGGAGGAAACAACAACAACUCCCAACCAGAAUCACCCGCGACACGAGGCCCUCCAGCCGGACAACUGAACGAGCUCCAGCAGCGUUUCGCGAGGAUGAACACUGGCGCCGCUUCGAAUAAUGCUCCUUCGCCUGCGAGUCCGACGUCCCCAGCAAAUGGACCGGCAGCUGCUGCAGCGCAGAAGAAAGCUCCUCCGCCGCCUCCGCCGAAGAAGGCUGCUUUGCACCCUGCUGGCCUGCAAAACUCUGGUCCUUCUGGCUUUAAUGAUGAGCAGCCGCCUCCGCCGCCGCCUUUGCCGAUGAGUAGUAAGCCGAGGCCGUAG